GGUUCACCUCUGAGGAAAAACGGGGGACAUCGGACGAUGUUGAAGCUCAUUACAAACGUAUCCAGCUCCACGGGUAAGACCGCGAGCCGUAUUUUGGCUUCGCGGUCUGCCCAUCAAGCCGGUCGAAUCGGAUCACGUGCUUUUACCAGACUGGCCGUCCGAGCCCUCGAGAGGAAAGGCUUUGAUCCGGCGCCACAGAGGUUCGCCAAAGCCGCCUCCGAACGUCUAUUCCAUACAAGUGGGAUUCUCUGCAAUGAGAUCCAAACAAUCAAGUGCCCCCAGUUGUCGGAGUCUUUGUCGGAAGGUGAUAUUCGGCUAGUGAAAGCUCCUGGCGACCAAGUAGAGGUUGACGACGUGGUGGCCGAAGUGGAGACCGACAAAACCGCAAUUCCGAUCCACUCGCCGGUCGCCGGUGUCAUCGAGAGUUUUCUUGUCGAAGACGGAGCAACCGUGACACCCGGUCAAGAUAUCCUGAAAAUUAAGGUCGGAGCAACCGGUGGAGCCGGACCAGCUGCCGCGGCAGCAACGGCUCCCGAGCCUCCGAAAGUAGAAGCCACCCCUGUCGCUACGCCCCCACCGAGCACCGCUACACCGCCCCCAGUGCCGCCGCGACAAACUGAGGUCACGAAGCACCUCAGCAAAGAUUUUAAUGCUCCCGCCUUCGAUAUUUCCUCCCCUCCAGGCUCCGGAGCUCGGACUGAAACUCGUGUGAAAAUGAACCGCAUGAGACAGCGAAUCGCCGAGCGUCUCAAAGACGCGCAAAAUACCUAUGCCAUGCUAACUACCUUCAACGAGGUCGACAUGUCGCGACUCACAGAGCUCCGAAACAAGAACAAGGACGCUUUCCUGAAGAAACACGGUGUCAAAUUGGGAUUCAUGUCAGCGUUUGUGAAAGCCAGCGCUCACGCUCUCAAAGACCAGCCGGUCGUCAACGCAGUCAUCGAUGGAAACGAAACCAUAUACAGAGACUACAUCGACAUUUCAGUGGCCGUCUCGACGCCGAAGGGCCUCGUUGUGCCCGUGAUCCGCGACGCCGACCAGCUCGACUUCGCUGGAAUCGAAAAAUAUAUUGCACAGUUGGGUGAGAAAGCCAAAUCCGGCUCGUUGGCAAUCGAGGACAUGGACGGCGGUACGUUCACCAUCUCAAACGGUGGGGUUUUCGGUUCUAUGUUCGGUACUCCGAUCAUCAACCCACCGCAGAGCGCCAUUCUCGGAAUGCAUGGCAUACAACAGCGGGCGGUAGUGAUCAAUAAUGAAAUCAAGAUCAGGCCAAUGAUGUACAUCUGCCUCACCUACGACCACCGUCUAAUCGAUGGAAGGGAAGCGGUCACCUUCCUGAGGAAGAUCAAGGACGGCGUCGAGGAUCCCGCCACCAUGUUCCUAGGCUAGACAAAUAACAUACGCUUAAGUCCUAAUAAAAUUCCGAAAAAAAAGGUACG